AUGGCCAAGCCCGAUGUUGUCCAUGAUGAAAGCCCUCAGAUGGCCAAGGCGGAUCUGGGCAUCGAAGUCGAUAUCCCCCACGUACCCUUGACCGAAGAGGAUAACAAGCGGAUCUGUCGCAAGACCGACCGCACGAUUCUGGUGGUGUUGAUAUGGGUCUACUUUCUGCAAAUCCUGGACAAGACAGUGCUCGGAUAUGGCGCAACAUUUGGCCUGAAGCAGGACACGCACUUGACGGGGAAUGAAUACUCUUUGGUCGGGUCCAUUGGGCCGAUCGCCCAGCUGGCCUGGCAGCCGUUCUCGUCUUAUCUAAUUGUGAAGGUGCCGCAUACAAUUCUCAUGCCUAUUCUGUGCUUGGGAUGGGGCAUUGCGCAGGCGUGCAUGGCCGCUUGCCACAAUUUCCAGGAGCUGAUGGCCGCGCGCUUCUUCCUGGGCCUGUUCGAGGCCGGAUGCUUGCCCCUGUUUGGCGUCAUCACCAGCCAAUGGUACCGUCGGGCCGAGCAGCCUUUGCGCAUCGCUGCCUGGUACGGCACAAAUGGAAUCGCGACCAUUGUGGCGGCUGCGCUGUCCUACGGCCUUGCACACAUUAAAUCUGACCUCUUGGAAGCUUGGCAAAUCAUCUUCCUCUUCGUCGGUCUAUUGACUAUCGUUUCAGCGCCGUUUGUGUAUUGGCGCCUAGACAACGAUGUGUCCACCGCUCGCUUUUUCACCGAGGAAGAGAAAGCCCAGGCAAUGGAGCGCCUGCGCGCAAACCAGACAGGCACAGGAAAUACCGAGUUCAAACUCAGCCAUGUGUUGGAAGCAGCACUGGAGCCAAAGUCUUACCUGUGGAUCGGCAUGGCAAUGCUCCUCAACAUCGGUGCCAGCGUAACCAACAUUUUCGGGCCUUUGAUCAUCGGUGGCCUGGGCUACGACAAGUACAGGACUAGUCUCUUGACGAUGCCCUUUGGCGCGCUCCAAACGAUCGUGAUCUUGCUCGCCAGCUAUCUCGCCCAAACAGCCCGCCUGAAGGGUGCUGUUCUAUCCGUGUUCAUGCUCCCCGUGAUUGCGGGGUUGGCCAUUCUCUACGCCAUGCCUCGAACCGAUUCCGCGCAGGGUACGCUGCUUGCUGGAUACUAUCUUCUAUCAUUCCUUUUCGGAGGCAACCCGCUGGUCGUGACCUGGAUUGUCGGCAACACGGCUGGAAGCACCAAGAAAUCGGUCGCUAUGAGUCUAUACAAUGCGGCGUCUUCUGCCGGCAACAUUGUGGGCCCACUGCUCUUCUCCUCGAAGGAUGCUCCCAAUUACCAUCCCGGUCUCCGUGCCUGUCUUGGUAUCUUUUGCGCAAUGGCUGCGAUUGUGCUCAUCCAAUGGGCCAACCUGUGGUUCCUCAACAAGCAGCAAGCCCGCCGCCGUGUGCGUAAUGGAAAGAGUGCCAAGAUCAUUGAUCACUCCAUGCAGACCAACUUCCAUGGCAUCGAGGAGACCACCGAAGAGGGUACGACGGAACAGCAUGUCGGUCAUGCGGGUGCACAUAUGACGGAGGACCUCACUGACCGACAGAAUGACGAAUUUGUAUAUAUCUAUUGA